AUGGAAGCAAAUGCUUCACAUACUGUUAUAGUACAUAGUGGGCAUAACCCUUCGUUUAAACGAUUCGAGUUACUUGAAGGAGAUCCGUUUGUACGACACAAAUCAGUUCAUGGUUUGAGAAUUCUACGAAUCAGGUUGCAUCCGGUUGAGAGUGCUUUAUUCUUACCCAGAGUUACAAUUUCGCCGCUUUUGUCAAUCAUCCAAAAUUCUGUACAAAUGACUGCGUCAUUUAUAUCUCCUUUUGAGUCGAAAUCGUCAAGCUUGAAGCUCCUCAGCUUGUCUAAUUCUGAGUUCAGAGACAAAGCAAACGACAGGCCAGUCUUAAUGGCAUCUAAAAAUCAAAAAGUCAAACCCAAUGUCAAAUGUCGUAUAAGUAGUAUGUGGAAUGCUUGCUCCAAACCAUUGCGGUGUCCGUCUCUUACUAAGGCACAUCGAGAGCUAAAAUCUUGCCUGGAGAAUCAUGUCUCGAUGUACCGUAUUCGUUAUUUUAGAACGGUUUUUCCCUUGGAGAGGGAAAAAGCUCUUUUGUUUUCUGCUGCUUUGUUAUGCAAUGUGUUGUGUACAACGGCGCGGUCAAAUGCAUCAUCCGUCAACCCUACUGCCGCUAAUAUUCGCCUAAUUGCGACUUACAAAUCGGGUCGGUUCACGACAUGUACGCAUCAUAUCUCUAUAGACGUUCAACAUUUUAACAAUGUGAAUGAAGAUCAUUCUGAUUCCAUUGGCGUUGUUUCUAAAAUUAUUUCUCCACGUUAA